AGCAUAAUGAAAGGUACCUAAAUUUGUUUGGAUUUAUUUGUUUGGAUUUAUUUGUUUAUGGGUUUAAGAGAGUAAAGACCUCAAGCUAGACCUCUUCAUUUCUUCAAUAAGACAAGUGACGAGAUUUUUGCUUUCAUAACCGUACAUUUGACCUUAAAACCUUCUUCAGGUGCUCUGUUUCAUUCACAAAGUUAAAACAGAACCAUUUCAUCAGAAUGUCCAGUGGGCUUGGUCGUUUUGCCGAGGCUCAGUUCUUCUUUCUUACUCCUCUGGGCUUGUUUUGUUGUUGGCCCGUUUGGGAUUCCACACUCUGAUUGAUUUAAAGUGUUACCUCUUUCUGUAGAUGGGUAGUUUGUUUGAUUGACACCAAAUCUGAACCUGACAUCAAAUAUUAGCUGCCUAGGUAGAGUUUAAUAAAAAUGGCUGUGAUAUUAAAGAUAGGAUGAGAAAUAGGUUUCACAAAUAAAUUCGUAAGAGUAACAAUUUCAUGCACAUAGUUAUUAUCUAUAGUUCAAAAUGUUCCGAUCGUGAAUGUUGGAGGUGAGUUACACACGCCUAGUAAAUCAUUUUCAAUGUCACUCUAUUUUUUAAUUCUAUAAUAGAGUAAAUUUUGCUAUAAUGAUAUUACUUUAUAAUAGAAUUAUUUUAUUAUAAAGUAAAAUAUAAAGAAUUGUUAUUUUUUUUACUUUACUUUCAAAGUAUAAAGAUAACAUUUUUCUAUAUUUUACUCUAUAAUAGAAUAAUAAUAUUAUAGAGUAAUAGCAUUAAAGCAAAAAUUACUUCAUAAUAUAAUUAUUUAAUUUUAGAAGAAAUUAUAGAGGAAACUAUAAAGGAAAAAUAGAAAUUCAUUUGAUGCACGGUCCAACUUAUUUAAAACUUAUCAAUGGCCCAAAACUCGGAAAGCUAACCGACGAAAAUAAAGAAAACAACAUUUGACCAAACGAUAUAGAGUCCUUACUCUCGACAGACGUAUUGAACGGCCAGAAAAGUAUAGAUGAUACAGUGAUUCGUAUUAAAUGUCUAGGGACGAGGCAAGUUGAAUCUGCGUCGCAAGAAAUAUAUGACCCCAUUUUGACAAAAACCAACUAUAAUAUCUCAUUAUGAAGGACGACAAGUUGUCUUUUGUCUUAUGUGUGACGCUCUUUGCUUCUAAAAGAAGACUUUUACUAACCACACAAAAGACCAACUUUCCUCACGAGCGAAUAGAGAAUAUAAUUUAUUUAAGCGAUCUCAAUUCUCUUGUGAGAGAGAACUCGAUUCGAACAUCGAACUCACUUCACUUUAAACUCCCUUUUACUUUGAUUUAUUUCUAAUAUAAACGAGAUUUCCGAUCCACUUUGUCCUUUAAUCAUUUCUUAAAUAUAAACCCAAACUCACUCUUGAACAGUGAAUGAUGAGCGAAAUUUACAGUCACAUAUGCAUGCAUACAAUGGAAUUGUCAAACUACGUCUUUGGUGUAAUCGGCUGAAAUAUUCCAAAAUUACUGAGUAAAAAAGGAUAUUCACGUCAGUUCUAAGGCACUAGGGGACAAAGUCUGAUAUCCAUAACUUCGAGUAUUUGAGAAACUAAUGGUUUCCCCCUUUUUAUCUCAAUAACAGAAUGUAUCAUAGUUUGGUGUUCUUGGAAAUAUGUUUGUUUAAGCUUCUUCUUUUGUUUUUUUAAUUAGUUAAGCUCUAAAGACCUAGAAUUUAUCUUGUUUGGAUAUAACAUAUAGAACAAGAGAUGGAUACCUAUAGUUUAAUACCACAAUUAUGUUCACUGGAAACAAUAUACAUAACUAUUUUCAUUCGUCGUAAACUAAGAUAUCACUAUUUUAAACGUUAAAAUAGUUGUAUAGUUUAUCAAUGCUAGUCAAUAUUAUAACUGAUAGAAACAAAUUUACAACAUAUUAUAAACUUAGAAGAUAAUAAAAUAUAUUUGCAUUUUAAGAAUUUAAAAGGGAUUUAGUCUAUAAACUUAGAAGAUCAUAAACUAAAAUUGAAUUUCAAACAAUUUUAUAAGAUAUACGUAAUUGAUAUCUUAGCUCUCCCACGAUGCAUUUUAUUAUUAUUAUUAUUAUUAUUAUUAUUUUGACCGAAACACAUUCUAUUGUUAGAAUAAUGAAUACAGGACCACCCUUAGUUUAUUAAAACAUAACAAUUGAAUAAUAUGGAGUACUAUACUUACUCUAUGCUUAUCGGAUAAUGGUUUAUAUCAUAAACCGAGGUCGAAAAACGACAGGACAAGAAGGUUUGUUUAGUUAAGCUACAUGCAUGAGAAUGCAUGAACUAGACAUUUAUAACUUAUACCUUUAGGAUUCCUCCUAUUACUUAGGAUCUUUAUGGUCUUGAUUCCUUCUAUGCUGAAGAUAUUAUAAUUUUUUGUACAUUUUUGACAAUGUUACACCUUUUGUUUCGCAAGAUAUUGUUGUUUUAUUACCUGAUCAUACUUCAUACUGUUUCUAGAACGUAUAUGGAUAAAUACCAUUAAAUAUCCAGUAUAUUGAUUAUAAUAUACUAGAUAUAUUUUACUUACGCAAAUAGGAUGAUGAAAAUAUUCACUAAAUUGAUUGUAAAGUAUAAUGAUAUAUAAAAUAUAUAUACAUAUAGAAAAUGUAUAAAUAGUAUAUCAAAUUUAGAAGAUUAAAAUUCACUAAAAAAGGUUUUAGACAAUUGAUAUCCACUAUACUUAAAAUUUGAAUAUUUUUGUCUAAAACCUUUUUAAUAAAUAAUUAAAUAUUUUAAAUUUGAUAUACUGUUUAUACAUUUUCUAUAUGUAGGAUAUACUAUUUAUACAUUUUCUAUAUGUAUAUGUAUUUUAGAUAUCAUUAUACUUUACAAUCAGUUUAAUGAAUAUUUUCAUCAUCCUAUUUGCGAAAGUAAAAUAUUUUGAAUAUUAAAAAAGGUUUUAGACAAUCUUUUAAAUAUUAAAAAAGGUUUCAAUGUUUUAAGCAAAAAGGAAAUUUGAAUUUUUUUGGUAUUACAUUUUGUGUCAAACGUAGCAUUUAUUCGAACAAUUAAUAUUUAAGUAUUUAACUGUUGUGUGUACUGAUCAAAUCAAAUUUUAGCUAUAUACAAUUGAAUAUAUAUAUAAAGUGAAAUUUAUAUUUGUGUAAUAUAACCAAUUUGAUCGCAUUAUCUCGUAAUCCAUUUACAGUUAACAUGUAUGCGUUCGACAAAAAGACAUUGACAGGGUGCACAAUUAUUAACUGGUUAGGAACUUUAAGUAUAGAUCCUAGGUUACCUUAACCUAGUCUUCAAGAAAAUGUUUAGAAUGCAACAUUAUUAAUAUAAUUUUUCUUAUUAUUAAGCAUAAUCAACAUUUCAUAAUUUAAUCCGUGAUUUAUUCUUGCGCUAAUGAAAUAUGUGUAAGUUCUCUUUGGUUCAUAUUCUCGGUCACUUAGAGAUUUACAAAGUGACAAUAUCCUAUAAAGUUUAUGGAACUUUUAAAGUUAUCAUUAUAUAUAUAUAUAUAUAUAUAUAUAUAUAUAUUUGAAAACUCUUUAUCAUUAUAUUUUCUGUUAAAACUAUGUAAAUUUUAUUUCUUAUCAUAUAAUUUCUCCUUUGGGAACAUCAGUUUCUAUUUGCAGUUGUGCAUUCUUUUUUAUAAUGUAAUAAUUUAAUGUCAUAUAAUAAACGAUCGACAUAACUCGUGAUAAGAUAACAUAGUUUUUGUUCCCACCAUCCUCAACUAAGCUAUAUAUUAAUGGUCCACAUUCUAUAGAGGUGAAGCAUGUGACGUUACAAUAAUACCUAUGCAAAAAUAAUAAUGUAUAUUCCAUAUAUAUAUCAAAACUCAUAAAGUAUUUCAUUAAAAACUUAAUUAUGAAAGCAAACCAUCCUUUUUUGCCAAACUAUAAUUUCCCCACUCGACAUAUGAAUAGAGUGGUCCAAUAUAUUAUAAUGGAAUUUUUAUAAUGAAAAUUAAAAACAUGUAUUAUAGGACUUUAUUCCAAGUAUCAACAUCUUCAAAAAAUUUAUAUAAAAUCGUCCAGAAUUUUCAAUAUAUUUGGUAACAACUUGGUAUUAAUCUUUACAGCUAUACUUAAUUAAUUUAUAAUAUGGAUUCACAAAAAUAAAAACGAAAUUGUAUUAUAUAGAAAAGAAUGAUAAGUUGUUUCAAAAAGUAUAAUAAAAAUAAUAAUAAUGAUAAGUUUCUUAUAUUAUUGGUCGAACAUGGAACUACUUGAAUCAGUGUUAUACUAUCGCAAAUUUUACACCAGGCCGCCCAGUGGGUUCAAUUCUGACGACGAUCGGUCAUCUUUACCUAUUUCUCACGAACUGAUCAAUUUUCUAUUUGUUUAUAUUAGAUGAAAUAGUAAUCCUCUAGUAUCCAGAUUUAAAUGUAAUAAGCUUUGACACUUGUUGUUGAACUAUUAAAGUGGAGACAAGACACGAGUCAAUUUGUUACUCUAUAUUUUUAUAAUUAAAAAAAAAAGAAUUCCCUAAAACGUCUCAAGUCUUAUCUUUAGGAACUCAAUUUCUACUUAGUUGUGUAUCUAACAAUUAAAUUGCAUGCAUUGCAAAUCUAGAAUUCAUUUAUACAAUUUAAGCCAAAUUUUAUGGACCAAAACCCAGCUAAAAGAACAUUCCAGUCAAUGUAUAAGACUUGUAGCUUGUCAUUUUGUAAGAAACCAUUUCCACAAAUGAAAAUAAUAAUAAUAAUCCAAAUAAACGUAAAUAAAAGAAAAUAAUUCCAAAUAGACAUACAAAAAGGUAUUUUCUUGGAAACUUAUUUUAUUUUGUAAUUCCCAAAAGAAAAUAAAUAAAAUACUAUCUCUAGUAGGAAGAUGCGUCAUAACUAUGACAUAAUGGCUGGUCAAAAACCGUCAAAAUAGUUAUGUUAUAAUUAAGGAAAACAAAAUAUACUAAAACUUAAUUCUUCAGUCAAAUAACAUCUCUUGUUUCCUUUAUCACUUUGUCUAAGCUUAAGUUGUGACUUAAUUUGAAACUUAUAACACGAAUUUUCACAUAUCGACCAACACCUUCAUUCCCUUCUUCUCUCUCUCUCGAACCUGCAGUCAUGGCUGCUCCUUUGAUCCUCAAGUACCAUAAAGAUCACCAACAAGAUCCAAACCCGAACCCGACCCGCCUCUCCUCUUCGAUCCAAGAAGCCAAAUCAAUCGCCAAAAUAUCCCUCCCAAUAAUCUUAACCGGUUUACUCCUCUACUCUCGCUCAAUGAUCUCAAUGCUUUUCCUCGGCCGUCUCAACGAUCUCCCUGCUCUCUCCGGCGGCUCACUCGCCCUCGGCUUCGCCAACAUCACCGGCUAUUCUCUCCUGUCCGGUCUCUCCACCGGUAUGGAACCCAUCUGCGUUCAAGCCUUUGGCGCCAAAAGAUUCAAACUCUUAGGCCUCGCUUUGCAAAGAACCAUACUGUUGCUCCUCCUCUGUUCCCUUCCCGUCUCCAUCCUCUGGCUCAACAUCAAGAAUAUCCUUUUAUUCUUCGGACAAGACCAAGAAAUCUCGGACAAAGCAGAGAUAUUUAUCCUCUUCUCUCUCCCUGAUCUGUUUCUCCAAUCAUUCUUGCAUCCUCUCCGUAUCUACCUCCGAUCUCAAUCCAUCACUCUUCCUCUUACAUACUCUGCCUUCUUCGCUGUACUCCUCCACAUUCCGAUCAACUACCUUCUCGUUUCUUCCUUCGGUCUCGGCCUUAAAGGAGUUGCAUUAGGAGCAAUCUGGAGUAAUGUUAACCUACUAGGGUUUCUGAUCAUCUACAUCGUGUUUUCGGGUGUUUACGAGAAGACUUGGGGAGGCUUCUCAAUGGAUUGCUUUAAAGGGUGGAGAUCUUUACUAACGUUAGCAAUCCCUAGCUGCGUCUCGGUUUGUCUAGAAUGGUGGUGGUACGAAAUAAUGAUUCUUCUUUGUGGACUGUUACUUCACCCGCAAGCAACCGUCGCGUCUAUGGGAAUCUUGAUCCAGACCACCGCUUUGAUCUACAUUUUCCCUUCAUCUCUCAGUUUCAGUGUCUCAACACGCGUCGGGAACGAGCUAGGCGCGAACCAGCCUGAUAAAGCAAGGAUAGCCGCGAGGACCGGUCUCUUUUUAAGCCUAGGUUUAGGGUUUUUCGCCAUGUUUUUCGCUUUUAUGGUGAGGAAUUGUUGGGCUAGAUUGUUCACUGAUGAGGAAGAGAUUUUGAAGUUGACUUCCACGGUCUUACCGAUCAUAGGGCUAUGCGAGCUAGGGAACUGUCCUCAGACAACAAUGUGUGGUGUUUUGAGAGGAAGUGCUAGACCUAAAUUAGGAGCAAACAUUAACUUGUGUUGUUUCUACUUUGUGGGGAUGCCUGUGGCUAUAUGGUUAAGUUUCUUUGGUGGGUUUGACUUCAAGGGACUGUGGCUUGGUCUCUUUGCAGCUCAAGGCUCGUGCCUUGUUUCGAUGUUGGUCGUGUUGGCUAAGACUGAUUGGGAAGCUGAGGUUCAUAGGGCAAAAGAACUCAUGAGUAGUUCAUGUGAUGGCGAUGGUGAAUAUGAUGAUGACGAUAGCGGAAGUAAUACGAUGCCUCUUCUGUUGGAUAUAGAAGAAUGUGGGAACAACAAGCAUUUGAAUGUGGUCUAAAUCUUUGUCUCCUUGUUUGAUUUGUUGGCAGUGGCACUAACUAAAUUUGUUUUCAUUGUAAACUCUCUAAUUCAUUAUUUCAGAAAACACUUCAAACAUUUGAAAUCAUUUGAUUUUAAAACUAUUAUGUAAACUAUUAUGGCAUCAUAUGAGCAAAGCAUAUGAUAGAGUAGAAUGGGAUUUUAUUGAGGCUUUAUUGCAGAAAAUGGGUUUUGAUCUUCAUUGGAUUAAAUUGAUGAUGGAAUGCAUUUCAUCGGUCCAAUAUCGGGUUCUUAUAAAUGGUCAACCCCGUGGCCUCAUUGUUCCACAUAGAGGUCUACGUCAAGGAGAUCCUUUAUCGCCUUAUUUAUUUAUUCUCUGCACUGAGAUUUUAAUUGCAAACAUAAAAAAGGCGGAGAGAGAGAAACAAAUUACAGGGAUGAAGGUAGCUAGAGCUUGCCCAUCGAUUUUUCAUUUGCUUUUUGCGGAUGAUAGUCUCUUCUUUUGUAAAGCUCAAAAGGAAGAGUGUCAAACCAUCCUUAGGAUUUUAAAGGAUUAUGAGGCAGUCUCAGGCCAGCUAAUAAAUUUUGAUAAAUCUUCCAUUCAAUUUGGAUAUAAGAUUGAAGAACCUGUCAGACAGGAAUUAAGAGAUAUUUUGGGUAUUCAGAAUCUUGGAGGAAUGGGAUCAUAUCUUGGUCUUCCAGAAAAUCUGGAGGGAUCAAAGAUUCAAGUUUUUAGUUUUGUUCAGGAUCGUUUAAAUAAUAGAGUAAAUUGAUGGACUUUCAAGUUUUUUACAAAAGGGGGAAAAAAGUGAUUAUUAAGUCGGUGAUCACGGCAUUACCAAAUCAUUCGAUGUCAUGUUAUCGAUUACCUAAAGCAACGGUGAAAAAACUAACAAGUGCGGUAUCACAAUUUUGGUGGAGCCCAGGGGGAAGCACAAGAGGAAUGCACUGGAAAUCAUGGGACAAGGUAUGUGCAGAUAAGGAGGAAGGUGGCUUAGGUUUUAAAGAUAUCACUGAUUUCAACACAGCAAUGCUUGGUAAACAGUUAUGGCGUCUGAUAGAGAAGCCAAAUACUUUAUUUUCUCGAGUAUUCAAAGGUCGGUAUUAUAGGAAUGCUUCACCUUUGGAACCGAUUCGCUCAUAUUCUCCGUCAUAUGGCUGGCGGAGUAUUGUUUCUGCUAGAUCUCUGGUUAGCAAAGGACUAAUCAAAAGGGUGGGAUCAGGAUCUUCUAUAUCAGUAUGGAAUGACCCUUGGCUCCCAACCACUCGCCCGAGACCAGCUAAUAAAAAUCAACACAAUCUAUAUCCCCAUCUUACAGUAGAGUCCCUCAUUGACUCUACCUCGCGUACUUGGAAUUUAGAGGUAAUUCGGGCUUUGGUGGAUCCUCAGGAUGCAAAACUUAUAGAAAGUAUUCCACUAAGUAGGAAUCAGAGGGUGGAUAGAGAGGGAUGGCACUUUACAAAAAAUGGAAAAUAUACGGUUAAAUCAGGAUAUCAGGUAGAACGGAUUUAUCCAGACAAAGAAAAACCACCAUUACUGAUUGGUCCCACGGUUGAUGUUUUGAAGGCUUACUGCUGGAAAAUACGGUGUCCACCAAAGCUAAAGCAUUUUCUAUGGCAAUUAGUGACAGGAUGCAUAGCAGUUCGGAAGAAUUUACAAGUAAGGGGGAUUCAAGGGGAUAUUUGUUGUACCCGAUGUGGAGCUCCUGAGGAAUCAAUAAAUCAUGUAUUUUUUGAAUGUCCUCCAGCUCUCCAGGUUUGGGCUCUUUCGAAGAUACCAUCAAACCCAGUCUAUUUUCCAACAAGUUCCCUAUUCACAAAUAUGGAUCAUCUAUUCUGGAGAGUUCUCCCGCAGAUGGAGGAUCACCAGUUUGCAUGGAUUCUAUGGUAUAUCUGGAAAGGUAGGAAUAAUAAAGUUUUCAGCAACUUGGAUAUAGAUCCUAUGGAUACGAUUAAAUUGGCGGAAACAGAAUCAACAUUAUGGGCUGAGGCACAAGUAGUAAAUGACCAAAGGAUGCUAACACCAAGAAUAGGCACGGUAUUGUCGUCGAUCCCAGGAAGAUGGUGUUUUACGGAUGGCUCGUGGAAGGAGGGUACUAGAUUUUCAGGACAAGGUUGGCUUAGUACUUUGGAAGGUUUCGAUGGAUUACUGGGGGCGAGGAAUGUAAGGGCUAGUCUUUCGCCUCUUCAUGCGGAGAUGGAAGCACUUUUAUGGGCAAUGGAAUGCAUGAGGAACUUACGUCAAUUUCAGGUUACGUUUGCAACGGAUUGUUCUCAAUUGGUGAAGAUGGUUUCGGAACCAGAAGAAUGACCAGCUUUUGCAACUUAUUUGGAAGAUAUCAAGACCCUGAAAGAGAGUUUCAUGCGAUCAGAAAUAAUCUAUGUACCACGGACGCAAAAUACAAAGGCGGAUAGUCUAGCACGCUGUGCUAGAAAACAACCGUCUUUCGUCGUUCACAUGGAUGCAGAUCACCCGGUUUGGUUCACAGAGUCAAUAUGAGUCUGUAUUGUUGAUGACAAAAAAAAAAAAAGAAGUUAAUAUUCCCUUGUUGAAAGCAAUGUAAAAGUGAUUAGAUGUAAAUCUUAUAACAUGUCUCAUGUCAUUAAAUAUCAUUGGGCGUGACUUGUUUCAUGAAAAUGACUUUUAAAACUGAGUUCUCUAUGUCAAGUGGUUUGUGUUUAUAUAAUGUAAAUGUGUAUGUAUAUAUAUGAAUCUGGUUAAGCAAUUAAAGGACAAGAUAGAAGUUGGUUUCGUUGCCGGGAAAUUCUUGUGCAAGAGAAAGAAAAAGAAGACUUCUGUUAUUACAUCAAACAGCCUGAACAAGUGUUUGGUGGUCCUCCAUGCACUCGUGGGUUUACGCGCCUAAGCGCGUGUAAAUAACAUAAAGAGUUGUGAUUCUUUGACGACGGCAAGAAAUAUUAACGUCUCCGUCAAGGUAGCCGACGACGUGAACGACCCGCUUUUCUUUUGUCUUCUUCAUCGUUUACUCUCUUUUACUCCACUAAAAUCGCCGACUUGACCCGAUAAGCCGACCCGCUUCAGUCCACGUAAUUAGAAAAUAUAAUAUUAAAAAUUUGGAUUCACACUUUACUUGUAGAAAUAUAUUAUUUCCCACUAAUUAGUUUGAAAUAUCUAUGCGAAUGACAGAAGUGCAUCUGGUGGUAACUAAUUAGUUUGCUGUUUUUUUAGUAUCCGCCUUUGUAGGCGUGGAUGUGUAGUUGGAUGAGUCUUUCUAACCCAUUUUUGUAGUGGUUGUGAUGCAAGCUGUGUUGCUUGGAGGUGUUGUUGUAUGGAACCAAGUUAAUAUAUAUAUGAUUUCAAGUUGGGAAAAAAAAAUAUAUUAUUUCCCACUGUUAGACUAAGAAUGUAACAAAGUCAUGGUGUUGUUAGAAAGGAACAAAAAAGACCCAUAAGAUGAAGCAAGAAGAAAUGCAAUUAGUUUUGAAUUUGCCACUAAAAUCAAACUUUUCUUUUCCUCAAGUGUGCCAACUUGCUGUUAUAUAAACGUAGCUUCUGAUGUCUUUCAACCUCCAUCACCUCUUUUUUUUUCUUGAAACCCACAACCUCCAUCACCUCACUUCUUUUAUUUCCUUUAAUUAUUUUGGCCACCUAUAUAUUUUUUUUGUUGAAAAACAGUUUAGAGAUUAUUUUUUAUAGCAUUCAUUUUAGGGUUAAUCGGUGGAAUAACCAUGAUUAAUUUUUUUGAAAAAAUAACCAUAACAAAAAAUUGUUAGAGGUGAGAAAAUAAUUAUGCAUAAGUGUGGACGCUUCUCUCCUUCACAAUAAGUUAGUAUGUGACACAAGUAGUAGGGUUCACACUAGCAAGUGUAGAGUGAAGCCUAAUAUGUUAUAGAUGUGUAUGCUAUUCUAUUUAUAUAUCCCAUAAUUGUAUGGUAUGCUAACGACAUUGCUUAAAUUCUAGGUUUCAUAUAUUAUGGUGUACAAUAUAUAAUAAAUGGAACGACAAAUAUAUACUAUGCCAUAAGAACUUGAUUGCAGAAACAUUCACAUUGCUAAAAUCUAGACUCUUAUUUGGAGAGUUAUUAGGCUUGAUAAAGAAUGACAAUUGUACUACACUAUAUGUGUUGACAAAAUAGUAUAGCAUAUUUCAUUUAUACCAAUAACAUAUUAUUAAGCAUAAUUGUCUUACUGACUGCACUAGUCAGACCAAACAAAAGAAAAAUUUCCAACCCACGGAACACAAUGAAGACCAAUACAUAGUACAAUCUCUAAUUACAAACUGUCCAAGUGAAAUCAAACAAAACAAAUUAAAAAAAGAGGAGAGAGAAAGGAAUCGAGAGAAAAGAUGAAGCUCCAAACAGAGAGAAAGAGA